CACCCAAAGACAAUGAAGAACGCGUAUUCCGGGAACGUAUGCGCCCCCGAAAGCGGCAGGGUGCUGUGCGACGCAGAGUACAUCAGGUUAAUGGACACAAGUUUAUGGCCACCUAUCUUAGACAACCAACUUACUGUUCGCACUGCAGAGAUUUUAUAUGGGGUGUAAUAGGAAAACAGGGAUACCAAUGUCAAGUUUGCACUUGUGUCGUACACAAGAGAUGCCAUGAACUUAUAAUAACGAAGUGUGCUGGCUUAAAAAAACAGGAAACUCACGAUGAGCAAGUGGGAUCCCAGCGUUUCAGUGUCAACAUGCCUCACAAGUUCAGCAUUCACAAUUACAAAGUGCCAACCUUCUGUGACCACUGUGGUUCAUUACUCUGGGGUCUUUUGAGACAAGGUUUACAAUGCAAAGUUUGCAAGAUGAAUGUACAUCGACGCUGUGAAACAAAUGUGGCACCAAACUGUGGAGUGGAUGCUAGAGGCAUAGCUAAAGUUCUUGCAGAUCUUGGAGUCACUCCAGAUAAGAUCACUAAUAGUGGGCAGAGGAGGAAAAAGCUAAUUGCAGGUGCAGAGACACAACCACCAGUUCCUGGAAGUGCAUCAUCAGAAGAAGAUAGGUCAAAGUCAGCACCAACUUCUCCAUGUGAUCAAGAAAUCAAAGAACUAGAAAACAACAUUAGGAAAGCGUUAUCGUUUGACAACCGGGGAGAGGAACACAGAGCAGCAGCUACAACGUCAUCAGACAACCAGCUUAAAGCAGGGGAGAACGGUGAAAACGGGGAGGUCAAACAGGCUCAGACCAAGCGAAUAGGCCUUGAAGAGUUCAACUUCAUCAAAGUAUUAGGAAAAGGCAGCUUUGGCAAGGUAAUGCUAGCUGAACUAAAAGGGAAAGAUGAAGUAUAUGCAGUGAAAGUCUUGAAGAAAGAUGUCAUACUUCAAGAUGACGAUGUAGACUGUACAAUGACAGAAAAGAGAAUUCUGGCAUUAGCACGGAAACAUCCAUACCUAACACAACUUUACUGCUGCUUCCAGACGAAG